GUACCAUGUUGGAAGAUGACGAGUACCGACAGACAGAUAAAGAACUGGAUGAAAUCAAACACUGGUCAGUUUGCGGCAAGAAUGAUUAUUAUCCCUCCCUAGCCGAAUUUGUUCUCGUCCUGAACGAUCACAGGAGAAUGUUAAUCAACAGUGAUAUAGGUAUCAGAGAGGAUCUUGUUUUCUAUAACGGGAUAACCCAGAAAUUGUUGCAAUCUAUCGUUGAACACAUACAAACUAUUCCCGAGAAGACUCUAUGGAAUUAUCUUCUGGCAUACAAAAUGAUUCUAAGAGCCAAAGAAAAUAUCGGUAUCACCAUCCCUAUUGGUAUCGGGUAUUUCUUCGAAGGCCGCUUAAAACUGGAGGAUUACCGAACUUAUAUCGUCCACAGUGCCUUGGGAGAUGACCACUACGAAACAUUUAAAGCAUACUCUGAGAUCGAAACCACAGAGAACAUGUGUCCAAAGUCUAAGGUGAGCAUGUACCUAUCACAAAUUCUGUCUAACAAAAACAGAACACGAUCCGAAGAGACAGCGGAUGAAUACUACGUGGCCAUGAUUGAUUACUUGGCAUGUUUACGAAAACUCAUGGGGCUCCUCAAAGAAAGAGUUUUAGACGAAAGCAGAGAACAGCUGGAGCAAACACAGAGGAAAGUCAUCUUCGCUAUCUGCGUUUUUCUUGGAGUUAUUCUGGUGUCAGUUGUGUUGGUUUACCUUCUGCGCAGUCUUGUUCGGAAGCUUCAAGCUUUUGCGAAAGACAUCUCAGUGAAAUCGUUAGAACUUCAGCAAGAAAAGAAAAAAUCCGAUUCUCUCCUCUUUCAAAUGCUUCCUAGGCCAGUUGCUCGUCAGCUUAAAAUGAACCAAAAAGUUGACGCUGAGUAUUUUGAAAGUGUCACUAUUUUCUUCAGUGACAUAGUAGGCUUUACCAAAAUAUCUGCCCAAUGCUCGCCCCUUGAAGUCGUGGAGCUAUUAAACAGUCUGUACUUCCUGUGCGACGAAUGCAUCGAGCAGUACGACGCUUAUAAAGUUGAGACAAUAGGCGACGCGUACAUGGUGGUCAGUGGACUGCCUCAGAGAAAUGGAAAGCGCCACGUCGCCGAAAUAGCCCUCUUCUCUCUUCACCUUCUCCGGGAAAUGGCGUAUUACCGAAUCCCACAUCGGAAGACGGAAACCCUUCAGUUAAGGAUCGGGGUGCACACUGGUCCGUGUGUGGCCGGAGUUGUUGGGAACAAAAUGCCGAGAUAUUGCUUGUUUGGUGAUACAGUCAACACGGCCUCAAGGAUGGAAUCAACAGGAUUGCCCUCACGUAUCCACAUAAGUCACGAAACUCAUACGGCUCUGGAGGAGAUUGGUGGUUUUCGUACGGAGAAGAGGGGCAACGUAGACAUAAAGGGAAAAGGGACGAUGGAGACUUACUGGCUGUUAGACUCAGGUCAUCCAGAGAGGAAAAAGAUCUUCAGUUCACAGAGGCGCAAAAAGUGCAGCGAGGCGUCGUCCAUUGUGUCGUUUUAUGACAUGGAGCGCCGCCACCAGAAUCAAAACGCCGUCCAUGCUUAAGGCCACGAAGCAUGUGCGAAGGUGGCCAAGUGCGUGGUACAUUCAGCAGCAUAUGUUGUAUGUAUGCUCGUCUUAUGUCCUGUACAAGCUAGGUCCUAUUGAUGCCCCUUGAGUGUUGGGCAUUAGGGCCCAAUGAAUGAAUGUUUAUGGCUUAACGCAUCAUCAGCAAUAUCUAAACCAUAUCGUGGACUAGGCCUUAAUCGUGUUCGAAACAGCAGUCAAAUAAUACAAUGACCUAACUGAAUACAAAAAAGAACACAUAAAGCACAAUUUGCAGACGUUAUAUUGGAAAAUGGAGGAGGCGCACGUGAUAUUUGAAUUUCAUCACUCAGGCGCAUUGAUUUUUUACUGAUUUACUUCAGUGAUGUUUGAAGUCGUAUUGAAAAAUAACGGCCUGUCAUAAGACAGAUCUCAAGAUUGUGGCUGAACAAAUUUGAGUAAAUGCGUGAUUGAUAAAACCGCACGCCUUAAUAUACUUCCCCACCGUCAUAUUUCAGAGGCCUGGAGCUGCAAUCCCACACGCGACCUUCUUAGUUAAAAAUGGUCUUCUUCGAAUCAAAGCCCUUUACCACU